AUGGUGAUCUCAGAGCGCUUGGCCUCGCGCUUUGCGCACGCCUUGCAGCUGGCGCGCGGCCCCGAGCGCGCACCGGCGGCGGUAGCCUCGCCGGCGUCCAGCCCAUCGUCCGUGAGGAAGUCGAGGAUUGAGGUUCGCCGCAAGAGCGAGCUGCAUCCAGUCCGCCGUCCGGACGACUCCACACUGCAGAAGCUGCAGGUCGUGGCCUCUGCUCGGAACUACGCCCUUGGUGCCUUGCAGCUGCGACGGCUGCUGUCGAAGCUGCGGCUUCGACGCCUGGCUUCGGGGAUGGCAAGUUGGCAAAACUUUAUUUUGUCGCCUCCCUUGCGCAUGCUUCUCAUGCACAUGCGAGGUUCUGGGGACACCCCUGCGUCAUCGUAUCGCUGGCGUGCCAUAUGUGGUGGCAAGGGCUGGCUACUGCGGCGGGCAGAGCAGGACCAGGCCUCCCAAUCGCUGGCCCUGCAGCGUCGCCGUGUGCUGCUCGAAAGUGCGCGGCUGCUGCGAGGCGUGCUGCGGCAGGCGCUGCUGCGCUGCUUCAGUGGGGCGCUACACCGCUGGCGCCAGGCAGAAGGUUCCAUUGCGCAGGUACCAAGGGCCGUGCCCUUCCACCCCUCACGUGCCUCGGCUCCGGGUGCGGCAAUGCAGCAUGCGCAGGCGCCUCUUGACCCUCAUGCGCCUUUGACCCACCCCUCGCAGUUUCUCCCUUGGGGUCGUGUGCCUCAUCAAGAGCUUUCCCAGAAGAAACUCUUCGAGAGUCUUGCCUCUUCGCAUGGCAGUUCUGAGGCAGCACUGCAAGAUCUACGCAAUGCGGUGGCAUCAGCUUUGAAGGCAACAUGGAACACCCAGCGCCCACGCGGCGACCUUCCACCAGGGCUGAGGAAGCGCAAGGAACUCCCGGAGGUGGGGGAUGUGGGAGUGGCGACGAUCAUCAGCAGCCCCAAGAAGGUCAAGGUCAUCGAGGAGGCGGCAGAGUCCCUGACUGCAGAGAAGUUCCGCGAAAAGUUCAAAAUCUCCGCGGUGAACGCAGCGGCGGUGGAAACCGCACUGCCGGAUCCGGUACAGAGCUUUGAGAAUGCGCCCUUCACGAGGAAGCUGAAAGACGCGUUGAUCGAGGCAUUUCCGUCACCAUCGCCUAUUCAGGCGCAAGCGUGGCCAAUCUGCCAUUUGGGCCAUGAUUUGGUGGCCGUGGCGAAGACUGGCAGUGGAAAGACCUUGGCUUUCCUGCUGCCGGCCUUCAAACUCAUCACCAGGUGGCUCAAGGGCUUGGAGGAGCUCCCGAUGACGGUGACGCCCGCGGUGCUGGUGCUGGCGCCCACGCGGGAGUUGGCCACGCAGAUCCAGGCGGAAUGCGAGCGCUUCGCGCCGGCGAAGAUUGCCUCCAUGGCAAUCUUUGGUGGCACCCCUAAGGGCCCUCAGGGAAAGGAACUCAAGAAAAGGUGCCCGCAGGUCUUGGUGGCCACACCUGGACGCUUGCAGGACUUCCUGGGCACUGGCGAGGUGGAUUUGUCGCAAGUGCAGCUCCUUGUCUUGGACGAGGCAGAUCGCAUGCUGGACAUGGGAUUUGAACCCGAAAUCGCCAAGAUUCUAUCACAGGCUCCGGCGGAGCGACAGACCUUGCUCUUCACGGCCACCUGGCCGAAGGCGGUGAAACGCAUCGCAGAGAAGUACCUGAAGCCGGACUAUGUGCAUGUGAACGUUGGAGAGACUGAAGAAUUGGCCGCCAACAAGGCUGUGAGCCAGGAGUUCUUUCGACUUGGAGAUGAUGAGAAGGAUGAUAAACUUUGGCAGAUCUUGAGUGGCCUCAGCGAUGAUGCCAAAGUCAUUUGCUUUGCCAACACUAAGAGGCGCAUCGAUUCCUUUCAGAAGACCUUCUGGUCCAAGGGAUUCGACUCGGUCGCCCUGCAUGGCGACAAGCCACAGAAAGAUCGAGAUCGAGACUUGGAGAAGUUUACCAAAGGCGAAUGUUGGUUGAUGUUUGCCACCGACGUUUCUUGGCAAAUCGCAGUUCCGGGCGGGAUGCGGGAUGUUUGCUCACGUGGACUGGACAUCAAAGACGUGACGCACGUGGUGAACUUGGACAUGGCGACUCGACAGCACGGGCGUUACUGGGGCGAAACCUCUGGACAUGGCAGCUAUUUCGCUGAACUCCGAUUGGAUCCUGAACUCCACGCGUCCUUCUGCCGGCGCGGACGUCGACGAUUGAAAGAAAUCCAGAUGAGCAGUCGUGCGCAGCUGAAAUUUGACCGAAGUAGAGGCGUUCUGCGGGUGGCUGGCUCAGAAGCGCAGGUGGCUGAGGUGCAAAGACAGUUGGAAUGCUUGGGAGGUCCGCGAAAGACAAUUCGCAACGCAGCUUGGGCGGAGCUGAUGCGCACGCGCAUGUCGGAUGCCAGCUGCUCUGUGGUUCAGCGGAUUCAGCAACUGAGCAACUGUCGAGUGCACAUCGAGAGAACUAGCAAGGAGGUGCGCUUGUUUGGGCCCAAAGUUGCAGUAGCAGCAGCAUCCCAUUUGUUGGAUGAGCUACAGCAGAUGUGUAUCGAGACCUUGGUCGAGUUCGACGCGGAGGUGCAGCUCUCAGGUCCAGUGCUCCGAUUAGAUGACAAAUCUGAGUUGCUGCAGUUUGGUCCCAGAGACUCUUCCCAUUUGCUGCAACUGGUUGAAACUUGUAGUGGUAUUGGAGGAAUUGGACUUGGUGCGUCUUAUGCGGGUUGGGAUGUCAAAGCUCAAAACGAACUCAUGUCCAGUUUUUGCAAACACAUGAAGACACACUUCAAGGUUCCAAACAUUGAGGGGGAUAUCUGUCAUUUGAGCACUGUUGCUCAGUUGCAUAAAGCUGCUCCCAAUGCAGCGGCACUGGCAUUUGGGUUCAGUUGUCAGCCCUUCUCCAGAGCAGGAGACAACCAACAAGGGAUGGAUGAGCGUUCUGCUACGCUGCCAUUUGGGCUGUAUGCAGGGUUCUUAUUACAAAUGGAUUUCAUUGUCACUGAGUGCGUCACAGAAGCGUCAACAUCCCCUUUUGUGCAGCGGUGUGUUGAUCAUCACUUGCGCAUGGUUGCAGGUGACAAGUCCGAAGUUGUUUUGGAGCUAGGUGACAUCUGGCCAUCAAAGAGACGUCGUUGGUGGCAAAUCAUGUCCAGGGGUCACUAUGGAAAGGUGGUUUUGCAACCGUUUCCCAAAUUGUCUCAAAUGCCCACGAUCAAAGGUCUUUUUCCUGACUUCCUGCCAGUUUCCGAGCUGGAAUUCCGUCAACUGAUGCUCACACCGCAUGAGAGUGAAUUGUUCCAUAACUAUGGUAAGGGGAUUGAAUCUCAGAUGGUGAAUCCAAAUGGUCCACUCAACACUGCAUUGCAUAGUUGGGGAAAUCAGGGACAGCCGUGUGCCUGUGGUUGCCGUCCAGCCUUCAGUUUGCAACGGUUGAAAAGUUCAGGUUUGUUUGGGGCGUUGGUCAGAGUUGCAGCCAGAUCUUCAGAUCAUGAUUUGCGUCACAUUUCACCCAGAGAAAUGGCACUCCUUUUGGGAUACCCAAUGAAGGCAGGGUGGGAUUCUCCUCAAAGAUUGUUGAUGGCGGGUUUAGGCCAGAUUGCAUCCCCACUUCAAGCUGCAUGGAUUUUCUCACACCUUCGGAAUCACCUGUCUGAUAUGAAGUAUGCUGGCCUGAUCGGAUUCACACCACGUCAGAUUUUGGCAUGUGUUUGCAAAGACCUGUUUUCCCUUCGAGAUCAAUGGUUUCAGGUUCCUCCGACCGUUGCCAUGACCAUGUUUCAAGAAACGGUGGAGGAAUUAUUGGCACCAAAGGACACCCCCAAAGAUACUACCCAUCACAAUUCCAAGCAGGAGACAAAUCAAGCAGUCCCCGGGGAACAGCUGUCGACGCACAGGAUGCCAGCAGAGCCUGCACAGGCCAAUUCUGACGCUGAUCAAAGCAAAGCGAAUGAGAACCAUGCAACAGUGACAGGGUUUGGUGCAUCCAAGGCAGGGACCUUUGCAUCCGAGCCAGUGGAGAAUGCAUCCGUCAAGCCUGCAGUGUCUGUCCCUGAAUCAGCUGCAGUUGGACCGACCCGGAAAGAUAGCGUUGCCACUGACAAUGAAGGGCAGGGGAGGCCAUUGGCCGAACACAUGAGUGAGCAGAUUGCCAAAGAUCCAGAGCCCGAUUGUGAGAACUCUCACUUGGUCAAAUUGCCAGAUGACAUGCUAAAUCAGCCCAGUGUAGGUCCUUCCAGGCCUGUGAUGACAGCCACAAUUCAUCCGACCACUGGGGGAUUCAGUUUUCCAAGGAUGCAGAGUUCCCUGAAGCCUUCUCAGGUUUCCACUGCUGGGGAGUUCCUGAAUAGGACACACAGACCGAUUGCACCAAAUCAAAUGCAAGGCAAGUUCAGCGAAGUAGACAGCCUAUCUGCAAGUGAUUCAGGGUAUGUGCAGAUCAGUGACACAGGUUGCAUAGAUGGAAAGACCUCAUCCACGGUCAAGGGUUUCAAGCAGAGGGAAACCUCCCAUGAGUUUGCAUCCAGUGCUCCGAAGAGGCAAUGUCCCGCCCGACCCCUCUUUCAGGCCAUGCCUGGGGUUUCCAACACCUCAGGUCCCUCCCCUAUGGAUCGAGACCUUAAUGAUCAGGGUACAGUUUCGGGGUUCUCCGCAGUGGGGGGGUUGCUUGCUUUUCCGAAGCACACAGCGCAGAUUGACAGCACUCAGAAUGCGGAGGUACAACCUGCACGGGAGCCCCAGCAAAUCAUAGACAGCCAUCCAAAGCAAUGUGACCAAAACCUUGCACAGUCCAUUUUAUCAGGGAAAGUUGCAAUCUUGGAUCUUGACACACAAACAUAUCACUCAAUCUCAAUUGGCGCAGGUCAGACAGCAGCUGACCUCCAACUGGCAGUACAGAGGCUGACAGGACAUGAGGUGCAAAUUAUUGAUUGCCUCGGUAAUGCACUCACUCAUGCCGAUUCUUUGGAGGGCCACAAACUCCUUGCGAUGGGAACUGACAUUAAAGCGCCGAUGCAGUCGCUCCAGUUUCGUAAUGCUGAUUUGGUUCAGUUGAGUCGAAAAGAUGCCCUGUUUCGCCAAUUGGGAGCGGUUGCCACCGACGAAAUGAGUUUUUAUCUGCAAGGGCUGAAAAAGCAAGGAAGUCUUGGGGUUGUUGCUCCACUGAUCCUCUCCGAUCUUGCUGACAUUACCACCUUGGCUGAGGCAUGGAUGACUGAAGCAUUGGGAAUUUCAGGGACAGUUGUUUCGGCAGUGUGGCACAAUUACCAUUGGAUCCCGAUGGUGAUUUCUCAAACACCUGAAGGCUACUUUGUCCAGACAACCGUGGCUGGAGUUGACAUUUGGCCUUUGAUGUUUCCCACAGUAGCUUCCGCAGACUUUCAGGUCCAGGUUCCAUAUGAUCUGCCAAGCGAAUUUCCAGAGGAUUGUGGAUUCCAAACGUUUGCAUGGGUCACUCAUGUUGCAUUACAAAUACCACUGAAAGCCAUGUCCUACGGAACCGCUGCAAACUGGCGUGCAUUGUUUUGGCAACAUUUGCUCAUGCAUGGUGAAAGCGUUUCAGAGUUCAUCAUGUUGCUUGGCGGGGUUCAAGUAGAUCACAUGGAUGACAAGAACAGCACAGUCCAUGGAGGCUCUGGUGUGCGAGAUGAGCUUGAGGCACCCGCCCUACCCCUCUUUCAGGCCAUGCCCUUGGUUUCCAACACCUUGGGUCCCUCCCAUGUGCCCAAAGCAGACAGUGUGAUUGCCACAUGCCCAGGAGAUCAUGGCAAGAUAGCUACAGGAGUCAGAGCCGACAAAGAAAUCAGUGCACCGGUUCAGUCCCAAUUGCAAGUCAGGUCUCCGAGCACCAACACAUUGCAGCCGAAAGUAGUCUUUGAGGCGGUAUUGAACAAUGAUGAUGAGUCCAGGAAUCAUGCCUUGGUGACGGAGAUGAUUGAUGAUGUCCCCACCCCAACCCGCGUUCAUGCCAUGCCCUCAGUUUCCAACACUGGGGGCCCCUCCCAUGGAUUGUCCACACAGCCCUCCGCAGGGGGAACAAUAGCCAAUCACCAUGCUCAGAGUUCUGGCGAAGCCGAUGAAGUUGCGUUGUUGGCCAAUGCAAUUAAUGCAGGGCAUACCAUCCUUUUGGACUUUGAUGACAUGACGUACCAUGUACUUCCCAUCCGUGAUGCAGCUUGUCAGGUGAACGAAGUGGUUUUCUCAGUCUUGGGAAGGAAUGCCGACGUCUAUGACUUGUUGGGGAGACCAUUGAAGCCGAGUACCCAGCAUGGACUGCAUCGACUGAUCGCCACAGGUCAAGAUCCACAAUUGUUGGCUGCACAGUUAACAUUGCGCACCUGCGCACUGGAACAGUGUAAUCGAACUAUUGCAUUGUUCCACCAGGCAGGGGCAGUUGCUGAUGAUGAGAUGACCUACUAUCUGCAACGCAUGGCCCAGCAGCACCACUGUGAGUAUCAACAACCGUUGAUCUGGGGGGAGGAAGGGAGUAGUGAUCGGCUAGCAUGGGGUGAAAGACUGGCUUUUGUGACAUGCCCGACUAUCACUGCAGUAUGGCAUAACAACCAUUGGCUUCCUUUGUUGGCAACUCCCGCAGAUCAUGCAGUUGAAAUUUCGUCUUGCCCGGAGGGUUUUCGACUCUGGAAUCAGAUUGCAAGCAGUGCAGUGGUUUGGAGUCCAGCCUCAACAGUGGACCUGCCCACAUGUUUUCGAGAGGAUUGUGGUUUUCAGGUUAUCGCAUGGCUCCUUGGGGCGCUUGGUUUGCAAUCACCACAUGCCAUGACUGAACACACUGCCAUUUGCCACCGUAUGAAUUUCUGGUAUGAUCAUUUGUGGAGUGCCCUUAAAUGCCAUACUCAAAGAUUUGUAUUGGGUGGUCAAUCAGAACUGGAAACAGCGGUGGCCACAAUGUUGAGAGAGCAUGGAGUUUUCACAAAUCGAGUUCUUGAACGCACUAAGUCAGUAUUGCAACAGUUGGGACAGCAGCCGGUGACUCAAGCCUUGAGAUCGGCCAGACCAUGGGCUGCUUUGAAGGCACUGGCUAAUGAGCAUACACCCAAAAUUCGCCUGAUUUGGGAAGAUGAAUUUAGCCACGUAGUGAAAUCACGCACCGGCAAGGACAACAAAUUUGGCACCAAGAAGAAAACAAGUAGGCCACAGCAAUCGGCGGUGUUUACUCCGCAAGAUGUUGCCAUUCCUGAGGGAGUGUUUUGCCAGCAAAGUGGUGCACCUUUGGCACAAAUUCCAGCUCGUAACAUCUCACCCAAUGCUAAGGGGGUUGUAGUCCUAUCGGAGGCAGAGUUGCAGCCGUACUCACAGCAGAAAACAAUAUCGAAAGAGAGUUUGGCAUUCCUGGUGUUGGCUCCCUUCUCCCAAGAGGUUCAAAUGCAAGGGGAAACAAUCAGGUUUCCAGCCCAAAGCACUGCAACCAGUGAGCCGGUUUUGCUUUCUGCAGUUUUGAUUCAAAAGGGUGCAUCUCCAGUGACAAGAUUGACACCGAAGCAGCCGGUCUGUGUUGACACAGUGCCGACUCAGACGUUGAAAAUUCUGUUGUAUCGUGAUCAAGCACCCAAGGGAUGGGAAGAAAUUGUUGAUCGACCGGUCAAGGCCAUACUCGACAUCUUGCCUUGCUUGCGUCUUUGCAAAAUGCCUGCCUGCCACUGUCAGGGUUGGCACCCAACCGAUGAAGAUGCAGCUGAACCCAUCCUGGACAUCUGGCAGCGUGAUUGGAUGACGCAACACUUCAAGCGCUCUAAACCUUCGGAAGCUGCCAUUUUCUCAUGCAUGAUGCGAGUGACAGCGAAGGCAUUCCAAGCAGUUGAUUCUCAGUCGGGCACAACAGGUCUUUACAUCGAAGCUAGAGCCCAUGAUGGGCGGUCGCAAGAUGAGAGGUUUCAUACUGUAUGGUUGCCUAAAUCAUCCUAUGAAGAAGCCCUUGCCAAACAGUCCACAGCAGAAAUUCCCAGUUGCCUUGUGAGGGUCACAAAUCGCUUUGGCCUGCGGGUAUCAGUUGAGCAGGCUAAAGCUUUGCACAAUUUCAUCCGCCCUGAGGUGCCGUUUUUGGCAGGGACAGCAAAGUCCACUUGGAUCUUGGGCCCGGUACCAUAUGGCACCACUCGCAAAGCUCUGACCAAGCUGUUUGAGACAUGGGGUUGGUCAGCCAAGCCGCUUCAACCGAUGGGGCCCUCAGCUGAUAGGACUGGGUUGCGUUGGCAAGUAGUCGCAGAAGGGCCUCCAGCCCACUAUGUGUAUACCUUGUCACAUGGAGAUGUUUUGAUUGUCAAAUCUGAUCCCACAGAUGCUAAGACACUGGCACUUGGCCAGGCGGAAGCCUCAGCAGUCACACGUGGAGCAGUAGCACAACAGCACUCUAUGCAGGAUCCUUGGGCAGUCGCAGCAGCGAGGUUGCCUAGUGCUCAGCCUACAGGUCUUUCGUCAGCACAGAUUUCUAGUUUGGAAGCUUCCAUCACACAAAGGGUGCUGCAGCAAGUUCAGUCGAAAGAUACUGAUGCAGUCAUGUUAGCAGAAGAGGAAGGUAGGAUCAGUGCCUUGGAACAUCAGGUUCAUCAAAUGCAGCAGCAGCAGCAGGGAUUGACCAAGCAGCAGCAGUCCCUGGAGAGAAAGGUGGAGUUGAUCGGAAGCCAAGUGGAAUCGCAGACACAGAAAAUCCAGAAUCACAUGGACGAAAGAUUGGCUGAUCAGUUUGCUCGCAUUGAAGCAUUGCUGAGUAAACGCCCCAGGUCCUCAGCUGUGGCGCAUAUCUGCUUGCAAUCCAACUGGAAUGUCCGGCAAGGUAAACAAACAGGGGUCGGAUUUUUGUCCACUUGUCCGGCCCGUCCGAUUGCCAAGGGAUGGUCGGACACAGCUGUAGAAUCUUGCAGAGUGACUGGAGGGCACUUCUUUGUCCAAAACAUGUGGUUGCAAGGGGCAGUGGCGUAUGGCUAUGCCCACCAGAGUGAUAGUGCCAAAACUAGAGCAAUGACUGAGGAACUUCUGCAGGCUAUCACACAGCAGGUCCUUCCUAAUAAGAAUAAGUUUGCGUUCAUAGCUGGGGACUGGAACCAACACUAUGAUUCCUUACAUGAGAUCAAACUGUGGGAGUCGUGGGGUUGGAAAGAAAUUCAAGACAUUGCAUUCGCACGUUGGCAGGUCGAACCAGGCACGACUUGCAAGCGCACUAGUCGCAAAGAUUUUCUGUUUUUGUCACCUUCUCUGCAGCAGUUGGUUCAGAGUGUUUCCAAUGAUUGGGCGCAAUUUCCCGAUCACUCAGUUUUGUCAGCAUAUCUUGCUUUUCCAGAUGCCCACAUUCCAGAAGCAAAAUGGGUGAAACCGAUGCCCAUAGUGUAUACAGAUCAACAGGAGGUUCAGGCUAUCCGCCAAGCCGAAUGCGUAGCAUUUAAUGAAGCCGAAGACCCCUCCUCCCAAUAUGCAAAGAUCUUUGGUGACUUUGAGCAGGUGGUGCACAGAGUGAAACGCAGUCAUGGCCGCCCAGGCUUGCUGCCCCAGCAGAAAGGUAGGGGAUGCACUAGGGAUAGAACCUUUUCCACGCAACAUGUUGCCCCUUUGAAGCCUUCCCGACCGGGGGAGGAACAGCCAUCGUUUGAGGGGAUUAAUCUGCGGCAUAAACGGUGGUUUACUCAGGUGCGUAGGUUAGUCUCUUAUGUCAACCAUGUCAAGUAUGACCGCCCAGAAGUUUCAGCACAAGAGCACAAGUUCCGCCUGUGGCGGGCCAUUUUGAAUGCACCCGGAUUUGGCUCCAGCUUUGCUAACUGGUGGCCUACACGUGCCACUCAAAAUGCAAGUGACCCGUUGCUGAUUCCACGAUUAGCCCCUGCAUGGAAGCUAGCAAUGGCCAUUUUGGCUGCCUUUCGCAUCGAGCUGCAGGCUUGCGAAAACAUGCUCCUUCAACACCGUCGGGAGCGGAAUGUUGCGAAAUAUGAAGCUGAUGCAAAUCAGAUCUUUCGAGAUGUUAAAAAGCCAGGGCCUGAGCCAGUGCAGGUGAUCGUUGCUCACAAAGACAUGACCGUUCUUGAAGUAGUCGAUCAAUGGACAGUGCAUUGUGACCCUGCUCCUCCCAAAGAAAAUUGGCAGCCUUGGAAGUCCAGUCAUGAUGUGCAUUCCCCAGUGCAAAUCAAUGAUCGACAAGUGCAAUUCUCGCAGCCACAUGGUCUCUCUCCGGGUGAGAAACUCACACGCACUGACCUGCUAGGUUCUGUAGCAGAAAUUCAUCAAGCCUUUACACAAGAAUGGUCGAGCCUUUGGGAUAAGCAUUUGCACUUGCCUGCCGGUCACUGGACUGAAGUGCAUGACUUCAUUCAGACCCAAUUACCGGCAGGAGAAAUGGCAUACACACCAAUCAGUCUUAACACCUGGAAAGCAACCAUCGCCGCCAAAAAGUCCCGUGCGGCGGUGGGAUUGGACGGGGUAGCAAAGGCUGACUUGAUGGCCAUGCCAGACGCUUUACACAUCAGACUCCUCUCCUUGCUGCACGAAGCAGAACGAUCAGGCCAAUGGCCAUUGCAAGCCCUAAAUGGGGCAAUACACUCGCUAGCAAAGCGAGCCACAAGUGAAUUUGUAGGGGAUUUCCGACCAGUUACAAUAUUGCCGUUGGUGUAUAGGUGCUGGGGAACAAUCCGCUCCAAAGAAAUCUUGUCGCAUCUUGAGAAAAUUGCCCCACCGUCCAUGCUGGGACAUAUGCCAAAAAGAAGUGCGCCAGAGUUGUGGUAUCACCUUCAAUCGGUAGUAGAACAAAACCUUUAUGAUGGAGCAGCUGGCAGUGGUUUGGUCACCGACUUGGUUCGUGCAUUUAAUUGUCUCCCUCGUGAGCCCAUUUUUCAUGCAGCCAUUCAGAUAGGUGUUCCUGCCGAAAUCGUCCGAGCCUGGGCGGCAGCAGUAAUUGGCAUUAAAAGGUUUUUCUGGGUCCGUGGACAGCCAAGUGAAGGAGUUCGAAGUGGUACGGGAUUUCCAGAAGGCUGUGCCCUCUCAGUGGCCGCAAUGGGCUUAUGCAACUUGGUGAUUCACAGUUUCAUGGCUGUCCGGUGUCCCAGGGUUCUCAUGUUCUCCUAUGUAGAUAACUUGGAGCUGCUUUCAGAUAGUACAGAUGACGCACUGGAUGGACUUCGGGCUCUCCAGAAUUUUACUACCUUUUUAGGGGUUCCUUGUGACAGUAACAAAACCUAUGCAUGGGCAUUAGAUACUCAGGGGCGGCAGCAGUUUAAAGACUCGAGCUUGCCAGUUCACCUGCAACAGAAAGAUCUUGGAGCCCAUGUGCAAUACUGUGGUCGCCAAACCAAUGGUGCCGUCAAACAAAAAUGUGCCGACUUGCAAGCUUUGUGGCCUUCCUUAGCGCAGAGCCCAGCACCGCUCAAACACAAAUUGCGUGUGCUGACGGCGGUGGCAUGGCCUCGAGCAUUGCAUGCCUCCAGCACGGUGCAUCUUGCCGAAGCCAUCCUGACCGACUUGCGGGCAGGUGCAAUGAAAGGUUUGAGGUUGGAUAAAUCAGGGGCAGCACCCAGCCUGCAAUUUGGACUCUCACAAGCACCACAUCAAGAUCCGGGUUUCUUUGUGCUUUGGCAAUCCCUUUUUCAGUUUCGAAAGUUUUCAGAUUUGAGUGUUGCCAGUUCCACCCUGGCUUUGGCUUGUUGGACACCGGAUCGCCUCAAAAAGCCGGGCCCCUGUGGUGUUUUGGCGGCCCGCCUCACCAGCUUGGGGUGGACUUACGUGCAGCAUUUUAAAUUUCUGGACCAGGAUGGGGAACUGAUUGACAUCAUGCAUUGUCCCAUCCAAGAACUGAAGUUUCGCUGCAAGAGAGCAUGGUACCACCGUGUUGGAGCUGAGCAUGCUUACAGAAAAGGUUUUCAAGGUUUGGCUCUGGUUGACGUGCCCACCAGUGUACAGGUGGAUCCACGUUGGACUCCAGACGAAGUAGGUCUGAUGCGAGUUUUACACAAUGGAACUUUCAUUACACACGAUCAGUUGCACACAGCAAAACAGGUGGACAAUGACCGGUGUAAAUUUUGCGGGAGUCCAGACUCCUUGUACCAUCGCCAUUGGCAGUGCCCACAGACUGCACAUUUGCGUAAAGAGGUCCCUCCCGCAGUGCUCAGCCAAGUUGAUGCCCUGCCACAGUGUACUGCGGAGAGAGGAUGGAUGGUGGAGCCGGCCGAAGUGCGCCACUUUAAGCAUGUACUGCAGAGUUUGCCAUCAUAUGUUGGCGUGUCACAGGCCUUGGAUUUUUCUCCCGGGGCGAUUGAUUUGUUCACAGAUGGUAGCUGCCUUUCACCACACAUCCCAGUUGCGCGACUUGCAUCCUGGUCAUUGGUGCAGGCCGUAGGGCAUCCGGAAGAUCGACAGUUCCGUACAUUGGCCAAUGGUGCGGUGCCAGGACAAUGGCAGACAAUUCUACGUGCUGAACUGCGGGCGGUUGUUGAGGCUGCACAUGUGGCUCGACUCAAUCCAGGCGUGACGAGGAUAUGGUGUGACAAUGCCACAGUUGUACGCAGGUUUAAACUGAUACAGGCAGGGAAAUGGGUUGCAUCGCCAGUGCGGCCAGACCAUGACCUUUGGGGCGCACUUGCCUCGUUAUUGCAUGAUAACACUAGAGUCUCGAUUCAUAAGGUGGAUUCUCAUCAACAGCCGCCAGAGGAUGAUGAUUUUCUAGCGUGGCUUUUUGCGGGAAACGAUUGGGCAGACUGGGUGGCAUGUGAAGCAUUGUCAUUUUUUCCGCCUGACGUGUUGAAUGCCCAGCGUGCUGCGGCUGAAGCAGUAAGUCUAUCCUCAACCCUAUGUAAACAUCUGCAUGCGCACUUUGUGAAAGUAGGGAUGUUUUCAGUUUGCUGGGAAGCAGAAACUACGGGAGCAGAUGCUCCCCCAGACAAGGCUGGCAGAGAACCAAUUGAUGAGAGUACUGAAAUUUCCAUGUCAGUAGUGAGUGCACAGGCAAUCCAUGCUCCUCCUCAAAUGCAGUUUUCACAGUUUCAUAAAGUGCGAGAAUGGUUGCACCAUAUCCAGGGAGACUCAGAAGUACCUGCAGUUUGGGUCACAUGGUAUGAGUUGUUUUGGUCUUUCCAACUUUUUACAGGGUUGCGUGGUGUGCAAAAGCAAGACUGUCAUAGUCGUUGGGAUGUUCAGCCGACUCAUGUGCCGUAUGACUUAGUUCGUGAAUGCCGCAGUUUUGUUCACUUCAUGCAUCACUUGAUCAGAGUAGCAUAUCCUUCCUUUAAAAGCAAGAACACUCGUCCUGACAAUUAUCGAUGGCAGUCCUGGUCUCCUAGUGUGCCUUUUCGAUGGUCGCCCAAUAACUUGGAAAGUGUGCAUCGAUGGAUGGCGGAACAGUUGGGACAAAGGCAGAUCAAGAGCGUCAACAAAGAUCUUGGACAGCUGGAAGUGGCGGUGGGUGCAGUUCCGUGUGAACUGCGGGAAAAACCAAGAGAAAAGAUUCAGCAGAUUGCUCAGCAGCAGUGCGUCACCAUUGUCCUCGAGGAGGGAGAUGGACCGGUCCCCCGUGCCAAUGUCUUGGGUUUCGAGUUCGCGGUGUCGUCGGCGCUGAGCGUCUUGCAGCAAUACGAGACAAAUCCCAAGAUGAAAAUCCAGGAGGGCAUUAGCGAGCCGGUCUUGUCAUCUCUGGCAGCCGCAUUGUCAAAGUUGUCCUUGGGUGAAAACGAGUCAGGGGCUUCUACUACCGGCUCCACCACCAGGGCAGCUCCUGCAGAGGACUCUGACGCUUCCUCCGAGGGACUCGAAGCAGGUGAAACAGGCACCGCGAAUCAGGGUGUGAAUCAAAACCAGCAGUCCCACCAGUCGUGCUGCAACUGCCCCACGUGUGGUGCUACGAACUUUUGCGUCAGUUGCGGCUCACCCAAUGAGCAGUUCCAGUUUUUUGCCAUGAACCAUAUGAAGGCAAUGCCCAUGGGUUCCCAGGGCGUCUUCGUGGGAAACAUGCAGGGACCCAUGGGGCCCAUGAUGUCGAACGUGGGCAUGGGUGCCAUGCAGCCACAGGUCUUUGGAGUUUGUAUGCCCAUGCAGCUCCCACAGAUGAUGAUGCCUGCCGAAACUGGCCCUGGCCCUGCUUCCGGAAGCGAUGGACAGGUGUACCUUGUGCCGAUGAUGCAGCCAAGCAUGAUGACAUGA